AUGAAGGCAGCUGCGAAGCGUGCCAAGCGGGCAAGGGAUUUAAGGGCUCGAGACACGGACUGCAGCAGUGUGACCAGCACCUCCACCUUAGACGAUUCGCACCAUCGGCUCCAGCACCACCCCUUGAAGCCCUCCACUACGAUAAAGCACAUCAAGUACGACGCUGGGGGGUACGAAGGGUUUGAAGAAGAAAAGAAACGUGACCAGCUAAACCCAGAGCAGACGGCCAACGGCGCGGACUUCACAGGCAUUCAGGACGGUAUCCGAUCGCUUCGUGCUGGUGACGAAUCCUCCGUACUUCGAGAGGAAGAAGACCCUAUCCCGGCGCACGAGGUCGAUGAGGACGAGAUGGCGACUAGGAGAGACCUGUCCGUCCCUACCUCUCUCGAAGCACCGACCAUCGACCUCACCAGCAGCACGGCGAAGAGAAAUGCUGCAGAACCUUUGCACAAGAAGGGACAGCUGGUCGUAUUCAGGGCUGCAUUGGCUGAUUCUUUGCCCGACCACCUGGCAGGCAACGACGAGGAAGAAGCCUGUGAGGAUCACGAAAACGGCAUGUCUGUUCGACGGCGAGGCUCAAGACCCCGAGAGUUGUACGGCGAGGUGAUGUCCGUGCCCAUGGCGAGGCACGGCGAGUGGGGACACGCCAGACGCCGGACCCAGGGGCACCGCCUGCUGGUCCGUGUCAGAGUGUUGGGAAGGGCGUCAGGAGGGUACUCGGAGCCCUUCGUAGAAGAGUGGCAGCGCCGAAAACAUCAACGAGAGGGCCCCAGGGAACCAGUCAAGAUCACCGGUGGCAGUGGCGCCGACCCCUUAGCCCGAGAAGUGGGGGCUGCGAAAGCCAAAGAUGUCUGCAGGGAGGGCGUCCGGAGGACCUGCGUGCUGCCGGAGAAAGAACUCCCGCUCAUUAACCCGCCACCACUGCCAACAAAUACAUCAAUAGCACCAACACCGGCAACGGCGAAAGCGGGCACCGCCUUCAAAGAAACGAGAUCGGGAGUCGGUGCCACCGGGAGGUCGCGAAGUCUCGAGAGCGGGAUGGUUGGUGGGGUUGAAAGUGACGAUCGCGGGGGUCAGGCGUUGGUGGUUCUGGUGCCUGAGGAGGAGCUGUUUCCGGUCGAGGUGAAGAGAGAGGAGCUCAGGAGGAGCCGCUGUGCCAUCGUGGAGGCGUGCUAUCAGAGCGCGGAGAGAAGACGGAAAGCCGAUGACACUCGGGCGGCCCUGAAGCGAUGGCUUGACACCACCGUAGAAAUACGGAAUGAGCGUUGGGAAUGGGCGUCUCGGAUGCUGCAGAGGAGGACGAGAGGAAUUCUUGUUAGAAUACGAUGCGCACGGCAACGCGAGGCAGAAGAAAGGGCCCUGUGGGAGGCAGGGAGGAGACUUCACAAGCAGUUCCGAUACCUCGACACUCAGGAGCUUCGUGAUAACGCGGGAGGCGGGGUGACCACUGACGGUCGGGUGUUCGUCGGGACGAAGGCAGAGAUGAACCGCCUGGAGGCCCUCCGAAGGAUAAUGGCAGAGCGGGCCUACCGAAUGCUCUGCAACGGCCGAAGGACAUCUCUCAAGCAUGUGUUCACAGCACCUUGGAGAGAUCCGCCGAAAGAUUAUAGCCGUCGACGCGCAGCCGCGAAAACUCGGUUCUUCCAGCCCUUGCGGUACUCCUGA